UCUCUCCCCGACUCACUCUGCUGCUGCUCACAGAAUAUUUUUUAUCAAGCCGUCAUCACUCAGAAUCCAAGGAAUGUUACUCUGUUCGAUGCGUUGCGACAGAGGUGUUUUUCCGUUAUAGGUUAUCCUAACUCCAGACCUAACUUCAGUUGCCUAACUGAGGGAGUUUGUCAUGGAUAUUUUUGCGAUAAAGGAGAGCUGAACCGACGGCUCUGGAAGGAAACUAUUUAAUUAUUUUUGCUCGGCUCUUUAUCAACUCCAUAGAACUUUGAAAUCCAGCAAUCAUCUGCCGUUUGGGAUAACGUUGAGGAAUUGAAACGGAUCACCACACAGAGAAGAGGUGGGACGAGGAACACUGCUGGUGUUAACCUGGAUAUUAUCCAUCAACAACAGAGCUGCUGAUGUGGAUAUAAAAAGCAAUCUUCUGAGAAAAAAGAAGAAGAAAGAAUUGGGGGAUCAUCGUUGUGUCUGGUCACUGAGAUUCUGAGUAAUGGCUUCUAGCCUGACAUAUGCGGGCGUGGUGUGGGCCCUGCUCUCCUUCCUGUGUGCGGCGGCCUCCUGCGUGGGUUUCUUCAUGCCCUACUGGCUCCUAGGGUCCCAGAUGGGUAAACCGGUCUCCUUCGGGACCUUCCGGAGGUGCUCGUACCCGGUGCGUGAUGAGGCUCGCCAGGCCACGGUGAUGCUGGAGCAGUGUGGGCGCUACGCCUCGUUCCAGGGUAUCCCUAGUCUGGAAUGGAGGAUUUGUACGGUGGUAAUCGGGGUGGGCUGUGGCCUGCUGCUCCUGGUAGCCCUCACGGCCCUCCUGGGAUUCUGUGUGUCUGAUCUCAUCUCCAGGACCAUUGGACGCGUGGCCGGGGGCAUUCAGUUUGUCGGGGCGUUGCUGAUUGGGUCGGGGUGUGCACUCUACCCUCUAGGUUGGGACAGUGACGAAGUCCGACAGACCUGCAGCAACAGAUCCAACCAGUUUGAGCUUGGUUCUUGUGAGAUCGGCUGGGCUUUUUACUGUACGGGAGCAGGGGCAGCAGCAGCCAUGAUGUUAUGCACCUGGAUGGCCUGCUUUGCUGGGAAGAGACAGAAGCUGUACCCCUACUGAUGUCAUCAAGGCGGGACAGCCACAGAGACCAUGAUGACCACCUCCCCCAACACCCGCAACACCUGUCAUCACUGGCCAUUGAAGAGACUCAGCGCAAAGGAGAAUAUCAGGGGGACAGAGUCUGUGGGCGCGUUCGACAUUGCAGCUGACUUUAAAGGCGAGUCGAGACUGAUCUACAAAUCACCAUCAUAAAUAACUACUCAUUAUUAUUUGUAGAUCAGUCAGUCAGUCACAAUUUACCCAUGAAACAUCACAAUUGUGAUGCUCUCGAACACAUGGCCUGUAUGCCAUAGGCUAGUUAUGCACUCUGUCAUCAUAAGUGAAGCAAAGUAGACGAGUGGACCACCUUGUGGUGUAUUUGAUACCGCAGCAGAAAACAAUACAACACAAUACAACACAUUCUCAAUACCACUCCAUUGUCUAACAGAGCACUUCAAAGAGUGGAGUCUACAUACUUCACAUUCAUUGACAGCAAGAGCAACAACUGUUUCUAUCUCUCUUCUCUAUUUUCCAUGUGUUGGUUGCUUCUCUAUUCCUCCUCCAUUCUAUCAUGUCCCAGUCCCUGUACUAUAACUUUGUGGUAACUGAAGUAGUGGCACAACCUGUGGUAAAGAGAAAUUAAAAUACUAUACUUUUGA